AGGGAACUGGUGCAGACUGGUUGACUCUGCUGCUGUGCGCGCGGCACUGAAUGUACCAUAAUAAUGAGAUGAGCGGGGACCCUUACAUGUGCAUUAAGCCCUCUCGGGUAAAUGAUUAGUAAGUUGUCCUUUUGUACCGAUACUUUUGCCGCUUUUACACAACGGUAUCAUCAGACCUCCAAUGGUUUCCUGCCUGAGCCGCUUUAAUCUGCACAGAACCACGAAGACAUGACAAGACACCGGAUUGCGUUCAUAGGGAAUAUUCCAGUCCAUUCCUGUAAAUCGCGUUCUGCUCGCAGUUUACCUGUCAUUGGAAAAUAAAUCUUUGUCGUUUACAUAUCGUGACCCGGCAUAGAAACACAAUGGCGUAAAUGUGCUCAAAAUGACGUCUCCUACGCGAACGGACAGUAUAUUUGUCUACAACAGUGUCCCCAUUACUGCAAGGACAAGUGGAUGAAAUGUGUCUCAGAUUCUCAGGAAUUAAAGUGGGCAUGGAUGACGUUUGAUGACGUUUAUAUGAGACAGAAUGUUUACCCUCACAGAAGUUGCCUCUCUAAAUGAUAUCCAGCCAACUUAUCGGAUACUGAAACCAUGGUGGGACGUCUUUAUGGAUUACCUGGGUGUGGUCAUGCUUAUGCUGGCCAUAUUUGCUGGGACCAUGCAGUUAACCAAAGAUCAGGUGGUUUGCCUUCCUGUUCUGGAAUCGUUGGAGGACCGAACCCCUGUGCCCACGGAAAGGCCACCAGAGAAAGCUCUUGGCUCAGGGACAGGAGGAGGCCAUGUGACAUCGGCAGCUGCACCUUUCACAAGCAAAGAACAAACCGACAGUGUUGUCCAACACUUCCCACAGUCGUCUGCUGUCAGGCAACCUCAGCCUACAGGUUUACGAACAAAUCUGGAUUUUCAGCAGUAUGUCUUUGUUAAUCAGAUGUGCUACCAUGUUGCCCUCCCAUGGUAUUCAAAGUACUUUCCAUAUCUAGCUCUCAUUCACACUAUUGUUCUUAUGGUUAGCAGUAACUUUUGGUUCAAGUAUCCAAAGACCAGUUCCAAAAUUGAGCAUUUUGUGUCUAUUUUGGGUAAGUGUUUUGAGUCCCCUUGGACAACCAAGGCAUUGUCUGAGACAGCCUGUGAAGACUCAGAAGAGAAUAAGCAGAGAUUGACUGGAGCCUCCACAUUACCAAAGCAUCUUUCAACCAGCAGUGAAGAGGGAAGUCCAAAUCAGUCCACACCCAUGCUUGCAAAAUCAGGCAUUAAGUUUUCUGCAGAGAAGCCAGUCAUUGAAGUUCCAAGCAUGACUAUACUUGAUAAGAAAGAUGGAGAGCAAGCUAAAGCUCUUUUUGAGAAAGUAAGGAAGUUCCGCACACAUGUCGAAGACAGCGACUUGAUCUACAAACUUUAUGUAGCUCAGACAAUAAUAAAAACUGUCAAAUUCAUUCUGAUUCUGUGUUACACCAUGACAUUUGUCACCUCCAUUAAAUUCGAUCAUGAUUGUGAGCCAGAAAUUAAGCAUUUAACUGGAUACGCCAAAUUUAAGUGCACCCACAACAUGGCUUUCAUGUUGAAAAAGCUUCUCGUUAGCUACAUUGUUCUCAUUUUUGUUUAUGGCUUGGUUUGCAUUUACACUCUUUUUUGGCUGUUUAGACGGCCUCUUAAGGAGUAUUCCUUUGAAAAAGUUCGAGAAGAAAGCAGUUUUAGUGAUAUCCCAGACGUAAAGAAUGACUUUGCUUUCCUCCUUCACAUGGUGGACCAGUAUGACCAGUUGUACUCAAAACGUUUUGGUGUCUUUCUCUCAGAGGUAAGCGAGAACAAACUGCGGGAAAUAAGCCUAAACCAUGAGUGGACCUUUGAGAAACUACGGCAACAUGUGACUCGGAAUGCACAGGAUAAGCUUGAGCUGCAUCUUUUCAUGCUCUCAGGUGUUCCUGAUGCGGUCUUUGACCUCACUGAUUUAGAGGUCCUGAAACUAGAACUCAUCCCAGAGGCACGUAUCACAGCAAAAAUUUCCCAGAUGAUCAACCUCCACGAGUUGCACUUUUACCACUGCCCCGCCAAAGUCGAACAGACUGCAUUCAGUUUCCUCCGCGAUCACCUCCGGUGCCUUCACGUCAAGUUUACGGACGUAGCAGAGAUUCCCACUUGGGUUUACAUGCUGAAGAACCUGAGAGAGCUCUACUUGGUGGGAAACUUGAACUCAGAGAAUAACAAAAUGAUAGGAUUAGAGUCCCUCAGGGACUUGAGGCAUCUGAAGAUCCUACAUCUGAAGAGCAACCUUACCAAGAUCCCAACUAACAUUACAGACUUAUCACCCCACCUGAUUAAACUUGUGGUUCACAAUGAUGGUACUAAACUCUUGGUGUUAAAUAGCUUGAAAAAGAUGAUGAACCUUGCUGAGUUGGAGCUGCACAAUUGUGAGCUGGAGAGGAUUCCUCAUGCAAUUUUUAGUUUGACCAACCUGCAGGAGUUGGACUUGAAAUCGAACAAUAUCCGUACCAUUGAAGAGGUCAUCAGCUUCCAGCACCUCAAAAGGCUUAACUGCCUCAAACUGUGGCACAAUAAAAUAAUUUCCAUUCCAUUAUCCAUAAGUCACGUAAAAAACCUAGAGUUCCUCUAUCUGUCACAUAACAAACUUGAGACCUUGCCUACCACUCUAUUCAACCUUCUUAAACUGAGAUACCUGGAUGUUAGUAACAACUCCAUCAUAGUGAUUCCUCCAGAGGUGAGGUUUCUCCAAAAUCUACAGCACUUUGCCAUCACAGGAAACAAGGUGGAAGUGGUGCCCAAGCAGCUGUUCAAAUGCACAAAGUUGCGUACCCUAUUCCUUGGACACAACUGCAUCUCGUCGCUGCCAGAGAAAAUUGGGCAGUUGCUGCAGCUGACUCAUCUUGAGCUGAAGGGGAACUGCCUGGAUCGCCUACCCGCACAGCUUGGCCAGUGCCGACUCUUGCGCCGAAAUGGUCUCAUUGUGGAGGACCACCUUUUUGAUUCACUGCCUCUAGAUGUUAAAGAGAGCAUAAGUCAGGAAAUCACUGCUACUUUUGCUAAUGGAGUGUGAUUAUGAAUCAGGGAAGAAUGGUUAAAUCUAAAGCCCAGUCAUAGUUUUAUAAGCAGAACAGAAUUAGAGAGCUCCAGUGUUUCAAUAAUUCUGUUUUUUUUUUUUUUUUUAAACUAAAUUUUAUCCAGGACUGCUGGCAUGAAUGGAUGUUCCAGGUGUAAAGAAUGAGUCCAGUAUCAAAGCUUAUGUUAACAUCCUAUAUCAUUUUCUGCGCAGGCCAAAACAAGUUGCCAUUAAGCCAAUAUAAAACUUUGUGGACUUCAACUAUGCUUAGUGCAUAGAAUUCUUUAGAAUUAUUCAAAUGUUUGAGAUUAUUUGCCUGUUUGCAUGGGUUUUGUUCUUUUUUAUUUUUAUUUGCCCAUGUUACAGUGUAGAUAUAAUUCAUAAUUUUUUUCUGUUACUUUCCAGUAGCAUUUCUGUUAAUUGUUUUCACCUGCUGUUAUCCGCACAGUCUGCAUCACAUGCAUUGUGCAGUGUGGUGCCAUUAAUGAUUGUAUUCAUUGUUUGAAAGAACCCAGAACAACUGACAUUUAUUACAAAGUUAAUCACAACUACUGUAUUUGACUAUAAGUGGUAAAAGAGUACCUGGAAUUCCUCAAAAAGGAAUUCUCAUUUGGGUUUAGGGAAGAGUGCGUUAAAGUAAUUUAAGAUGAGAACUGAAUGUUUGCGUUGAUACAGACUAACCAUAUCCAUCUGGCUCAAUCAAGCUGUAUAUUUUAUACUUCAUUUACAGUCUGUUCCAUCUCUCUGUUUAAGAUCGUGUCCACCUAUUCACUUUCUAUUAAACAAAAUAUUUUGAACUGGAAUAACAAUGUUCUGCAUUGAAAAUAUACCAAUGCUUUUGCAGCAAGUGUAAUUUGGAUUUGAUAAUGCACAAACUAAAGGUAAUAAUGUGCAUUGCACUGCAAGUCUUGGCAAUAAAAUAGUCUUUUCCUUCUAACAUAAUCUUUUUAUGUGGCUUACAGAAGUAAUGCAUAAGUUAGGGUGACCUCAUUUGACUUGUGCACGUUUUGUAUAUAACACCAUAUUAUGAUGGGACAGACCUGUAUACACUGCAUGGUCCUUGCUGCUCAAAAUCUCCAAUAGACAUGUAUUGUAAACUUGCCCUGAUAUAUAUUCUAAUGUCAUAUCUUAGUCUGUAAAUGUGUAUGACUACCAUCUGCUUAACUGUUAGACUUUACUGGCUAGUAAAAGUAAUGGAAAUGCUUGCAUUGUGUGAAUCAGUGUUUUAUGUUACCUUGUUAUUGACAUACUCUGCGCUGUGCAUGCCCAUGCAGUCAGCUUUUGAGGCAAAUGCACAAAAAGGUGACUUGCCAGAUGUUAGGUUCCGAUAUUCAGUCAAAUAAUUGGAUUAUGUGUUUGAUAAUCCCAACCUGAGCCUCUGUUGUUUUAUUUUUCUUGACAAAUAGAAAUGAUUAUAACAUGGUCAAGAUAUAAAGGGAUAGUCCAAUCAAAAAUAAAUAUGGUCAUCAUUUAUUCACCUUAAUGUCAUUUCAGACAACCUAUAUGACUAUUUAUUCUGUGGAACACAAAAGUAGUUGAAAGUUGUUUGGACCCUUUUGAGUUGUUUGGACAGGUUUGAACCGACAUGAGGGUGAGUAAAUGAUGAAAGGAACUUUUUUUUUUUCACAAGCUAUAAUAAUGGUUUCACUAUUGCACCCCAAUAUUCCUUAAUCAUUUUCUAUUUUUAAGACAUUGAUUUGUAUGAAGAGGAUGUGUCAUUCUUAUGAAGUGGUAUUUGCUUCAAACCAUUCAGUUGUUUAUGAAAGAUUUCAGUUGAUUUUAACAUUAACAUUUUAACUUUAACAUACAUGGACUGCAGUGGUAUAAUAGUAAUCGAAUAAUUUGGAUAACGUCCAUUGCUUUUUCAUUAUUUUAAAACUAAUGACAUUUCAAACCAAACCAAAAGCAGUUCGAGAGGACACAAACUUCACGGUUUUAUUUUUGUCCUAUUCAUAUUUGAAAGAAGACUUGUGAAGUCUAAUUUUAUGAAAUUAUUCUUCCCACACUGUGUUAUAUUUGUCCCUCUGAAAUGCUGCAGGGUCUGAUCUGUAAUUGGUGUCUUGCCAGAUGAGGCUUGAAAAUCAUUUUUGAUACAUGUGUGACUAACUAUAAUCAUAACCACAUGUGAAUCUAGAGUUUCAAUGUUUUGCGUGAAUUGAAAUUAGAUUACUAUGUAGGUUUUGUAAAUGUAACUUUUAUGUUGCACUCCUAAAAUGGUUCUGUUUGAUGUUAUGAAUGAAAAUUUGUUUUCAUUUAUGUAGAGAUUUAUUAAUGUGUUCCAUUUUUAUAGCCUACUAAAAGUUUGACUUUGAAAUACACAAUUUCAAAUGAUUCCACCAGAAAUAUACAUUGUGUCCAUUCAGGUACACAAAACACUUACUGUUCAUUCCAACUGAGUACUUAUUUUCAGAAUGAAGGCAAUUUUGUGUUUUACUUUUCAGCAACUACUUUAAGGUGUAUUGCUCUUCAGCCUUGAAUGUAGCCUGAUACUGCAUCCCUUCAUGGUUUAGCCUUUCUGUUUUUGAUGGAAAGGAGAAUGAAGUUAGUCUGCUUUGCUUCUAAUCAGAUAUGUUUUGUUUGAAAGGACGUUCAAUUUGCAACUUGCUAUUUUUAAUACAAUAAAUACAUUGAAAAUAAA